GACCACUUCCGGGUCAUCCUGUCACGUGUAAGUCCUGUCGAUUCAAACUGAACGUCCAUCGUCGUUGAACAUUAACUGUGUGACUGACAAACUGCACAGGCGAGUGCAUUCUGUUUUAAAUGCCGCGGUGUGCUCUGGCAUUAGAAGAAACGCUACUCAUUAGCAUGAAUACAGCCAGUUAGCUUGUGAAAAUAUGCUCUCAAAGCUCAACAGGCAGAUGAUGAUGUCUCCUCGCGCGAACUUGUAUUUUUGUGUUCAUCAGAAACAGUUCACGUGAACUCUUUACUUUUUUACUACUAGUACGAUUAGCUCCUCGAUUAAGGCCCAGCUAACCCCUCAACGGUAAUUUAUUAGUUUAUUUUACGUUUGCAUUUAGGUUUUACCCAUGAGUCCCUUUAUUAGACGGAUUUACGUUUCUCCAGCGCCUCAUCAUGUUGUCCUACUGUGUCAGAAGCGUCCUGUGCAGAGAAACACGGGCUCUGCAGCCUUCCAGGAGACACCGCAGCACAUCGUCAAGUGACGAUCCGCAUGGGGUCAGCGGGUUUAUGCAGCUGUGUGUGGACAGACACUAUGUCUCACCAGGCCAGACUCACACCGAGCUGUUCCAAUGUGGCAUGAGCUGCGUCUAUGGGCCUCUGGGCAAUGAGCUGAGGAGAAACCUACUAGAGCAGUGGUGGCACUCGGUGACCAGGUCCUCGGCUCAGGUGUUCGGGAUCAACACCCUGUGCAGAAGCGAGGACACAGCAGCAGAUGGCGGGGGGAAACUGGGGAUUGUUGAGUCUAGCUGCCUAAAACACAUAAUCGAAAAGCAAGAUCUGAGCAAGGAGCAGCUCAUCCAGGAGAUAGAGACGCUCAUCCAGAGGUCCCGCUCUCUGAGGACAGACUUUCUACAAGGGGCGUUGGAGCAAUUUGUCCCCUCGUUGGAUCUGGUGAACAGGAAGCUGCCCUUUGGCCUGGCCCAGUUUGGUCCAUGUUUCCUGCCCUCGGGCGGUUCUGGUUGCCCAGCUGAAGUCACCCGGACGUCACUGACAUGGUUCUGCUCUCCUCGUACCUCUUCCCAGUGGCUGGAUCACUGGGCGCAACAGAGACUCAAGUGGUGGAGGAAAUUUGCCCUGUCUCCAUCGGACUUCAGCAGUACUGACGUCCCGGCGGAGGAACUCGAGGAGGCGACGUCUCGCGGCGUGAGGAUCGUGUACAGCUUCCCGUGGGGACGGGAGCCCUUGGAGACGCUGUGGAGCAGAGGACACACGGAGCUGCUGCAGACACACAAAGGAGUCCAUUCCAAACUGCAGUGUCGAGAUGGUCGUAAGUCGGUUCCUCACGUGGUCUCGGUAACCGGGAACAUGGACCGGGGUGUGAUGGCCUUUUUGUCCAACUCACUCCAGCAGCUGAAGAAAGAAGACAGCAACCAGAAGCUUCUGAGGAGAAAGGUCCUUAAGCUGCAUCCUGUGUUGGCUCCGGUCAAAGUGGCUUUAGACAUUGGCAGGGGAGCCAAUAUGGAGCUGAGGCAGGUCUGUGAAGGGCUGCAGCAGGAGUUCAUGGAGGCUAAGAUCUCUGCGUGGCCUGGGUAUCUCGAAACUCUGCCAACGUCAAUGGAGCAGCUGAACGCAAAGUAUGAUGAGAUGGGAGUGCUGUUCGCUGUGGUGGUCAGUGAGAACACGCUGGAGAGUGGCCUCCUUCAAGUUCGCAGCAGAGACACCACCAUCAGGGAGACCAAGCACAUCUCUGAGAUCAAGAACUUUCUCUCCAGAUACAUUUCUGCUGCCGAUAAAUUGUGAACGGACUUUCUGUUUUGUCUUCAUGGCUUUUAGUGGAAAUGAGUCUUUGUGGGCAUUCUGAACAUUUUUAAAAGGCUAAGAAACCAUUUUGUGACAUUUGAAAAGAAUAUGUGCACAUUUUGCUUAAUGUUUAUGUGGACUCAAAUGUGGGGUAUGUACCCCCAGUUUUGAAUUGGUUGUGACUUGGAGUGUCCCACUCACCCUACAGUCUCCCUCAGGGCAAGGAGGUGGAUAAGUUUCACUGUCAGAAUUGAACAGAAUGGUAUUUGCGUAGUUACAGGUGGAUUGCGAUCAGGGUUUUCUCAUUUUUCUGUCUCACAUUCUAUUCAAAUAUACCGUGCCUCUUAAAUAUUAUAUUUUUGUUUUUCGGUUUGUUAUGCUCUAUGGGGCUUCCCGUUAGGUUUCGUAUAUUAUGUUCCUCUUGAGGGUCAAAGAUCAUUCAUGACUGCUUCAAGGUCUGUUUCGUAGUGAUUCAUGAGCUUUCAAGCAAACUACAUGAUUCAUCCUAUUUCACUUAUAAAUAUAUUUGAACUGUGCAACUGGGACUUUAAAUUUAAUAUUAAUCUGUAUUCACACCAGACAGUUAUUUUCCUUUUGUGUUAUUCGUUGUGACUGAGAUGUUUGUCAUGAUGGAUAUGUUAAUUAUUAUAGCUCUAUUCUGUGUAAUAUAUUGUUGGGAUUUUGUUAUUUCAGUGGCAGCCGGCAAUAUUUA